AUGGACAGCGGCUCCGUGGCGGGCGAGCGGCCGAAGCGCACGCCGGGCCGUCAGCGGCUCCUGCCCUUCGGCUGCGGGGUCCAGGCGCGCCCCGGCGUCUCCCCGCUGCCGGGCGGACGACGCUGGCUCAGGCUCCGCGGACGGGCCGCCCGCGCGUCCCCGCUGCUGCUCGUCCUACUCGUGCCCUCCCCGCGCCUGGCCGCCACCGCCCCGCGUAGGACGCUGGCUGAGCGCACGCGCCCGGGCCACGCCGUCCCCGCGGUUGCGCUCGGCGCCGGCAGGAACGCGCAGGGCCGUCUGCCGCUGGGCGUCGGGCGUGUGGCCGCCCUGGCCAGCAGCCGGAGAGAGCUAAGCCUGUCUGCUGGGUGCCGACAGCUAGAGCACAGAAAGGGGAACUUGCCCUCGUCAGUGAGUCGGAAGCUCUACUUUGACACCCACGCUCUGGUGUGCUUACUUGAAGCAAAUGGGUUCACCACUCAACAAGCAGAAAUCAUUGUGUCUGCAUUGGUCAAGAACACAGAGACCAACAUGGACAUCGUCUACAAUGAUAUGGUCACCAAGGUGCAGCAGGAAAUCACUCUUCAGCAAAUAAUGUCUCAGAUUGCUAACGUGAAAAAAGAUAUGGUCAUCUUGGAGAAGAGUGAGUUUUCAGCCCUCAGAGCAGAAAAUGAGAAAAUAAAACUUGAACUACACCAGUUAAAACAGCAAGUGAUGGAUGAAGUGAACAAAGUCCGGACAGAUACCAAAUUAAACUUCAAUCUAGAAAAGAGCAGAGUGAAAGAAUUGUAUUCACUGAAUGAGAAGAAGAUGCUGCAGCUGAGGACAGAAAUGGUGUCCCUGCACGCCCAGCAAGACAGAGCCCUGACCCAGACAGACAGGAAGAUAGAAACCGAGGUGGCUGGCCUCAAGACUCUGCUGGAGGCGCACAAGCUUGACACGAUCAAAUACUUAGCAGGGUCUGUGUUUACGUGCCUAACAGUAGCUCUGGGAUUCUAUCGCCUGUGGAUGUAGUAAAGUGUCUCUUUAAAGAAAUUUCCAUGAUUUUGCCUUAAGAGUACCCGAUUGUUAUCUCACCUACCCCACCCCACCCUUUUUUCUUGUUUCAAGUUCUAAUCCUAAUUUGACUUCAUGCAUAUUAUUUAUUUCUGUGCAAACUGUGGAUCCAUAACCAAGGUGAAGAAGUCGGAAUUUCUGUAAUUAUUCUUCGGAGCUCCUCUCUUUAGUUGGCUUUUUGACUGAGCAGUGUGGACCACGCUUUCAAGACUCCAUUCAGCCAAACCAAUGGACUUGGUCUAACCUGCAGUAUAUGACAAAAAUAAAUACUAGUGUCAUCCUCUACAGCUUGAAAUAGUCUGUAAUGUGGAGAACUGGGGGACUCAUUUGAAUCGGAAGAAUCAUUGGAAUUCAAUCCAGAACACCAGCUCUUCCCGGCCUCAUCACCAGGCGCUCCCUCGCAGCCUCGCUCUGCUGCUGCAGCUGCAGCAUUAAUGAUGCUAGUGCACCUUCCGGGCCUUUGUCUUUGGUUUCCAUUGUCUACGUAACAGUAACAUCGCCGCGGUGGUUGUUAAUGUGCCUUGCAGCUGGAAGUCUCGGAACCUAAUGGAGCUUUGUAAUUCUAACACAAGUUCUUUUACUGCUACCACUCAGGUGUUUCUGGUGAGACAAGGUCUUGCUAUUCAGCCCAGGCUAGCCUUGAACUCACAGUCCCGAGUCAAGAUACCAUGCCCAGCCUCUUAACCAUCCGGAAUGCUAACUUUCCUCCCUCUCCAUCCUCUUACUUUCCCUCAUGAUGUGCGAGUUUAACACCACACUCGUGGCAUUACCUACCUAGAAAACUUAGAAUUCUUGGAAUGAAACCCUGCUUCAGUCUGUGGUUUAGAGUGAACUUCCUUCUGGUUGUCUACCGGUUUUUUUAUAAAAUGACACACUGCACUUUCUUCCUGUGGGCUAUCUAGAUAGUGUACACAGUUUUUAGAAUGAGUACGCCUGCGCCUAUGAGCAACGCAGGUUGUCACUUGCCCGGUGAGAGAGCCGCCAUGCUCGGCAUUGGCCUCAUGUGCAUUGAUUUCUUUGUGGCUGGAGACACCCUCACAUCCACCUUCCCUCUGUAUUUAGAAUGAGCAGCAAGGUUAUUCUGGAGACGCACAUUCUCCUCUAGUUAAGUUGUUGGCGGAUGGAUGAGAGUGAGCAUUUGGCAAGCGGUAACACUGAGGAACCCUUCCUGGCUUUCCCCACGCAGGCACAAAUGCCCAAGCUGGUGCACGGUGCAGAAACCCCAAGAGACUGCACCAUCAGAUUGGUGGAAUAAAUCACCCCUUGUCACUGUUCCAACCACAGUGCUAAAAAUAAAAACUACCUUUUGUUCCUUGGAUGUAAUUUCCAAGUUUUAGAAAUCAUUAAGUCCUUGCCUCUUUAGAAAACAUUUGUGUAAAAAGAUUCUGAGCCCCACAUAAUAUGGAAAUCAAGUGCUUUUGUACUAGGACAGUAUCAAGGUGAAAUAGAAGUUCAUCCUUUUCAAGUAGAAAACAAAGUCUCAACCACCUAAUAAAAUACUUGGUUGAUAUAUUCUCCCCCUAUUUCAGAAAAGAGUCCCCUUACACAUGGCAGGCCUCCAUGAAUGCCGUCCCAGUUAGACCAGUUAACUGCUUCAUGGUAGCACAGCUUCGGAGCAAGGGCUCCAAGCCCAGAUGCUCUUAUCUCUCCCAGAGGAAAAAGCCCGGUAUGCAGUUAUAUUUCACAGAGGGUACGUUUCCUCGUGUCCUGAUCAAGUAUUCCUUAAGGAACACAUCCGUGUGUCUGCUUCAAGUAUUCCACAGCACUCCUGGGCUCAGCAGGCUGUGUUGUCUUUAAUUUUGCUCUAGAUUUUGUUUCUUUAUGGCACAUGACAGUCUUAUUUGGCCUUAGAAACUUGUGCUGUCAUUGAGAGUGUGGGUGCUAUGCAUAUCUGAAGGUUAGGAGAGUUCAGGACUGUGUUCCCCUAUUUCCUAAUAAAGUUGAAAAGCAUUGAGCUAUAAAUAAGCAUGUCCUGUCGUCGCUGCCUUGGACAUACGUAAAUGUGUGGGUGCUGUGACCAGACACUAACUGAACUUUCCUCACUGAGGCUUCGGAGCCCUUAGGAAAUGUCUGGCAGGUUUCCAGGCAGCAACCAUGGGUCAGGCCUGUGGGGACAUUUAACAGUAGCUACAUGGGGUAGAAGAGUCCAGAUCUUAAAGUGUUCCUCUGCCGCCUUGCUGUCCCCUCUUUUUCCUGUGGUACUUGCUAGGGACCAAACCACAGACCUUGAUAGUGCUAUCAUCCUGC